AUGACCCGUCAACCUCCAACACAAGAGCUUGUGCCCAAGGAUCUGCAUGGUGUGGAAUGGCGCUUUCGCCACAUAUUCAGAGGACAACCACGAAGGCAUCUUUUGCAGAGUGGCUGGAGUGUUUUUGUUAGUGCCAAGCGUCUUGUCGCUGGGGAUGCCUUCAUCUUUCUAAGAGGUGACAAUGGGGAGCUGCGUGUAGGAGUCAGGCGUGCCAUGAGGCAGCAAGCAAAUGUUCCGUCUUCAGUAAUAUCAAGCCACAGCAUGCAUCUUGGUGUUCUUGCUACAGCAUGGCAUGCUGUUAACACUGGGAUCAUGUUCACUGUGUGCUACAAACCUAGGACAAGUCCAGCUGAGUUUGUUGUCCCCUGUGAUCGCUAUGUGGAAUCACUGAAACGAAAUUACCCUAUAGGGAUGAGAUUUAAAAUGAGGUUUGAAGGUGAAGAGGCUCCAGAGCAAAGGUUCACUGGGACGAUUGUCGGAAAUGUGGAUCCUGAACAAGCUGGAUAG